AUGAAUCUUUGUCAAGCAGUAAAUAAUGCAAUGGAUAUAGCACUCAAAACUGAUCCAACAGCUUGUGUUUUUGGCGAAGAUGUUGCUUUUGGUGGUGUUUUUCGAUGUUCUGUUGGUCUACAAGAAAAAUAUGGUAAAGAUCGAGUUUUCAACACUCCUUUAAGUGAACAAGGAAUAGCGGGUUUUGGAAUUGGUCUUGCCGCUGUGGGUGCGACGGCAAUCGCUGAGAUUCAAUUUGCUGAUUAUAUAUUUCCUGCUUUCGACCAGAUUGUGAAUGAAGCAGCAAAAUUUCGUUAUCGAAGUGCUAGCAUGUUUGACUGCGGUAAGUUGACAAUUCGUACAACUUGGGGUGCAGUUGGUCAUGGCGGCUUAUAUCAUUCACAAUCUCCUGAAGCUUAUUUUGCUCAUACUCCUGGAUUAAAAGUUGUAAUACCUCGCGGUCCAAUUCAAGCCAAAGGUUUAUUGCUAUCUUGUAUAAGGGACGAAAAUCCAUGUAUUUUCUUCGAACCCAAAGUUUUAUAUCGAACUGCUACGGAAGAAGUUCCGGUGGGGGAUUAUAUGGUUGAAUUAAGUAAAGCAGAUAUUGUGAAAUAUGGAAAGAAUAUUACCUUAGUGGGGUGGGGAACUCAACUUCAUGUGUUAUUAGACGCCGCCGAGAUUGCUGAGAAAGAUCAUGGAAUAAGUUGCGAAGUAAUCGACUUACGCACUAUCUUGCCAUGGGAUGUUGAUACAAUUGCAACGAGUGUUAUUAAGACUGGUCGACUUCUUGUAUCGCAUGAGGCUCCUUUAUCUUCUGGUUUCGCUUCUGAAAUUGCAGCCGUAAUUCAGGAACGAUGUUUUUUAAAUUUGGAAGCGCCUAUCGCUCGUGUUUGCGGAUGGGAUACGCCAUUUCCGCAUAUUUUUGAACCAUUUUAUUUGCCAAGCAAAUGGCGCGUAUUAGAAGCGAUCUUAAAAACCAUUAAAUACUAA